GAGCCUCGGCAUGCUGGAGAUCUAACUGAAUUUCCCACCAAAAAUACACCGCCACUCUCUCUACUCUCUCUCUCUCUCUCUCUCAAAAACAAUCACCAUCAUCGUCAUUGCGAUCGCGAUCGCGAUCAGUAGAAGUUAAAUUACUCCGAGUAUCAGUUGCGCAGCCAUGGAUACAAAGCUUUCUCUCCUCUUCCUAGCAAUCUUCUUCACUCUGCUUGCUCUCGCAACACCACAGGUUCAACAACAAAGCCCUGCCUAUUUAGGCUUCGCUUUUAAUGCGACAGACUUGCCUUCGGAAGACUACUAUGACUACAUUGUAGUCGGUGGUGGAACAGCUGGUUGUCCAUUGGCAGCGACAUUGUCACAGAACUUUCGUGUGUUGUUGCUUGAAAGGGGUGGAAUUCCAUACGGAAACCCUAAUUUGAUGAGCCAGGAGGGAUUUCUGGCAACCUUAACGGAGACGGAUUAUUUUGAGUCACCUGCUCAGGGUUUUACGUCUGAAGAAGGUGUUCCUAAUGCUCGUGGUCGAGUUCUUGGAGGAAGCAGUGCUAUCAAUGCUGGAUUCUAUAGCCGAGCAGAUCCUGACUUUUACAAGAAUUCUGGACUUAAUUGGGAUCUUAAAGUGGUGAACCAUUCAUAUGAAUGGGUUGAGAAGGCGAUUGUGUUCCAACCAGAGCUCCAGAGUUGGCAAUCUGCUGUGAGAGAUGGACUGAUUGAGGCUGGUGUUGAUCCCUAUGUUGGAUUCACAUUGAAUCACUCUGUUGGGACCAAGAUUGGAGGAACAACAUUUGAUAGAAUGGGCAAUCGUCAUAGUGCAGCUGAUCUACUUCAGUAUGCUAAGCCUUUAAAUCUUAAAGUUGCUGUUCAUGCCAGUGUUGAGAGGAUAUUGGUAGCUUCUUCUUCUUUCUCUAAACAGUCUGCUAUUGGUGUUGUUUACCGUGAUAGGAUAGGACGUUACCAUCAUGCCAUGGUUCGUGAUAAGGGAGAGGUUUUGCUCUCUGCUGGCGCUCUUGGUACCCCUCAGCUCCUUCUUCUUAGUGGCAUUGGAUCACGUCCUUAUCUCUCUUCAUGGGGAAUUCCGGUGGUCCAUCAUUCUCCAUAUGUUGGGCAGUACUUGUAUGAUAAUCCAAGAAAUGGGAUUUCGAUUGUCCCUCCCAUGCCUUUAGAGCACUCUCUGAUUCAGGUUGUUGGAAUUACGAACUCUGGGGCUUAUCUUGAAGCUGCCUCUAAUGUCAUUCCAUUCUAUUCCCCUGCCCGAUCCAUCUUUAUACGGACUCCAGCUCCUCCUCUCCAUCUCACAGUGGCCACACUUAUGGAGAAGAUUGCAGGUCCACUCUCUAUUGGUUCCCUUCGCUUGGCAUCCACAGAUGUGAGAACAAACCCCAUCGUGAGGUUUAAUUACUUUAGUAAUCCAGAAGAUGUGGAGAGGUGUAUUAAUGGCACACGCAAGAUAGGUGCUGUUCUUAGGAGUCGUUCAAUGGCAGAUUUUAGAUUCCAAGAGUGGUAUGGUGGCCAUAAUUUCAGAUUUGUUGGCCCAGCGUUACCUCAUGAUCUGUCAAACGAUGUAGAACUGGGACAGUUUUGUCGUCGUACUGUGAGUACAAUUUGGCAUUACCAUGGUGGAUGUGUCUCUGGCAAGGUGGUUGAUCACCACUUUAGAGUGAUUGGAGUUGAUGCACUCCGAGUUGUUGAUGGCUCUGUCUUCCCGAUAUCACCGGGAACUAACCCUCAAGCAACUGUUUUAAUGAUGGGAAGAUAUGUAGGUUUGAAGAUCUUGAGGGAGAGGAUGAAGUAAGGUUGGAAGGCUUCCCCUGUUCUGUAUCGAAACCAUGUAACUGAUGUGCUGCAAAAUCUAUAAGCUUGCUACUAGUAUACCUGUUUGAUAUCGUCCUUAUAUGCAUUUCUGUCUCUUAAACUACUGGUAUGCUACUUGAGUGUAUAUCUCUUGAAAUUGUUCAUAUCGAGCUAAUGAUGUGUAA